ACCAACUUCACACUGUCCAGCUUUGAUUGGUAGCUGGUUUGAGGUAGAAGUUCGUGCUAGUAUGGCUGCUCCGAGUGAGGAUGUGGAUGAACAUUUAUCCAAAAUUUUCACACCUGUUGGUUUUGAAUAUUACCCAUUUAAGAUUGGCUGGUACAAUGAAAUUGUAGAUCCAAUAUUCAAGCUGGAUUAUCCUGAUGACACCCUGGCUUAUAUCAUUGUCAGCACACCUGGCAUGUUUGAAAAAGCGUUUGUGCCGUACGUAUGUCGACUGAAUGCCGAAGAUGCCAGGGAUCCAGUUGAUCAGUGUAUUGAUUUGUACUACCAGAAGGUCAAAGAGGCAUUUCCUGACCAUGACAUAGAGGUUAUACAUGACUAUGACUUGCAUGCCAAUAGACGUCCUAAAAUACUUGUACAAACAGCAGGACAUGUUGCUGGUGCUGCAUAUUACUAUCAAAGAAAAGAUGUAAAAAAUGAUCCUUGGGAGAAAGAUCAGAAGAUAUUUGGUGUGAGCGUACAUCCAUUGUUUGGAGGUUGGUUUGGUUUCCGUGGAGUCAUCAUUUUCAAAGAUAUUCAAAAAAUUGAGCUGGAGAAAAAAGAGCCAGUAGACUGUAUCCAGGGUGAUGAAUUAAGAAUACAAGUGUUGGAGAAGUUCACCUACCACUGGGCAGACAAUUCAUUCAGAGAUAUCAUUCCUGUAGUAGAGAAAUAUUCAGAUGAACAGAAAGUUUACUUUAACACACUGCCUGCAGAAAGAAGAAAGUUAUUGGAAUCACUUGGCAUUAAGAUAGGUCAACAAGACAGCUGUAAAGAAACAUAGACAGAGAUGACGAUUGCCUCAAGGAUAUUACCAUGGUGAUGGUUGCCUUGGGAUGUUACCAUGGUGAUGGUUACCUUGGUUAGAUUUUACCAUGCUUGUUGUGUGAGAGAAAAAAUUAUUGUGAUGUAAUUCAAUUAUGAUAAAAUUGUUUUGUAUAACACUUUUCUAGUUAUUGGUAAUCUUUAACUUGAACACUAUAGAUUUGCAAACCACUAUUCCAAUUACUGUCUCCCAUUCAUAUUUAUUUAUUGAAAUAUUCUGAAAACCAGACACCAGGGUAGAUAACUUUAUAAUUUCACCAUUCCUGCCAAAAAUGUUCGACCCUACACUAAAGAUUAUUUUCAUAUAUUUGUUUAGCAGAAGGAGACUACAUUGUAAAUGAUGUCUGUGUCUCUUUAAUCUAGAUCUGAGAAGUUCUAUCUCUAUUCGGAGUGACAAUCAAAAACAACAGCAGUUUUUACUGCAGCACUAAUACACGUACCACACAACUGAGUGUUAUCCCUUUUUUGCUCUUUUCCUGAGACAUCUAAACAUUGUGCCACCGUGUAAAACAUGUAAUUCUAAUUUCCCAUUAAAACUAUUGUGUUCUUUGUUACAUAAUUGUUGUAUCAGCCAUCUAAAGAGAAAGGUCCCUUCAAUAGUAUUUAUUAGAAUUGCAUUUUCACUGAAGCAGAAACAAAAUGUUAUAAGACCACAAUGCACUGCAAGUUUCAUUUU